CCGAACUAGCAACCAUGCUUUCCCGGCUUACCUCAGCGUCGAACACAAGGUUGGGUAUGGAAUUCUCUUUUUUGGCCAUUUUUGCAAAAUUACUUGAAAUCCUAUAACCCACUUACAGCCACUGAGUUAGAAGUACUGCCAUGAACAAGUCAAUCACCUGUGGAACGGGCAGGGCUCGAAAAACUCCAGCCAAUGAUUUCCAGACCCACCGAGUGGCAUUGGACAGGACAGCUUCCAGGCGCUCAGAUCGUAAAGCCAACUGCUGUUUCACCUGCCUCACCUGCAAUAUAGUAACCAUGGACGCAGCAGAGUUCCGGCGCCGGGGAAAGGAGAUGGUUGACUUUGUGGCGGACUACCUGGAGAACAUUGAGCACAGGCGAGUGUACCCAGACGUGGAGCCCGGGUACCUGCGCUCCAUGAUCCCCUCCGAGGCCCCGCUGGAGCCUGAGAGCUACGAGGACGUGCUCAAGGACGUCGACAGGGUCAUUAUGCCCGGGAUAACCCACUGGCAAAGCCCACACUUCCAUGCCUAUUUCCCCAGUGCCUCUUCCUACCCGGCUUUGUUGGCGGACAUGCUCUGUGGUGGCCUAGGGUGCAUUGGAUUCACAUGGGCUGCUAGUCCUGCUUGUACUGAGCUGGAAACAGUGAUGUUGGACUGGCUGGGCAAGAUGCUCCAGCUUCCAGAAGACUUCCUGGCGGGAACAAAGGGUCAGGGGGGAGGAGUCAUUCAGGGUACGGCUAGUGAAGCGACUCUGAUGGCGUUGCUGGCUGCUCGCUGCAAAGCGGUGAAAUGUGUCCACGAGUCCGAUCCUCAACGAUCGGAGGCUGACAUCAUCUCCAAACUGAUCGCGUACACCUCAGAAGAAGCCCACUCUUCAGUGGAGCGAGCCGGCCUGAUUGGCGGAGUGGGGAUAAGGAUGGUGGCCACCGAUGAGCACUUCUCUGUCAGAGCAGAGACCCUCGAGAAGAUGGUGGCUGAGGACAAGGCCGCUGGAUUCAUACCCUUCUUUUUCUGCGCAACUCUUGGCACCACUCCCUCUUGUGCGUUUGAUAAAAUCACUGAGCUCGGGCCUCUAUGUAACGCAGAGAACAUCUGGAUGCACAUUGAUGCGGCGUAUGCUGGAAGUUCAUUUAUAUGUCCAGAAUUCAGGCCUUUGUUGGAUGGUGUCGAAUUUGCAGAUUCAUUCAACUUCAACCCCCAUAAAUGGCUUUUAGUCAACUUUGACUGUUCUGCGAUGUGGGUCAAGAAGCGAACCGACCUGAUAGGGGCGUUCAAACUGGACCCAGUCUACCUCAAGUACGACAACCAGGAGUCAGGUCUGGUUACAGAUUAUAGGCAUUGGGGCAUUCCACUUGGCCGGAGGUUCCGCUCACUGAAGUUAUGGUUUGUGUUCCGCAUGUACGGGCAGAGCGGCCUGCAGGCCUACAUCCGUAAGCAUGUGGAACUGGCCAAAGUGUUCGAGACUAUGGUAAAAAAGGAUAAAAGGUUUGAGAUCUGUGCGGAAGUCGUCUUGGGACUCGUCUGUUUCAGGCUGAAGGGUUCGGAUGAGCUCAACGAGGCCCUGCUGAAGGAGAUGACCCAUCUGGGGCGGAUCCACCUGGUUCCCUGUAAGCUGCGCGGGCGUUUCGUCCUGCGCUUCGCCGUCUGCGGGCGGACCACCGAGCUGCGCCACGUCCAGGAGGCGUGGACGCACAUCACGGAGCUGUCCAGCGAGCUCCUGCUGAAGCACCAUUCAUAAUCAUAAUCAUAAGAGUAGUGUUAAUGGUGAUGAUCAUAAUGACCCUCUGAGUGGUGAGACGGGGAGGGGGUGGGACCAAACAGGGGACCUUGAAUCGCAAAGGAAAAGGAAUGAGGCCUGAAACGGGGACCAAAUUCUGAGACUUUAUUGUUGCAAAUGUUGUUAAAAGUAAGAAAGAUUUAAGAGCUGUCAUUUCAGUGUGAUUUGUCUGAUAUGCCAUUGCCGUCCGUCGGCUUGAAGUGUGUGAAAUGCUCUGUGAGAAUAUCUGUGCUGGUGACUGCCUGCUUCUGUAUCGUGAGACUGUAAUCGACCGCUCACGGCUCAUUUCCGACCCAUCUGGAACUCUUUCCCCCCCGAUUGGUUCAAGGAGUCCGUCUUGCCUGUCAAUCACACUGCGUUAUCAUAGCCCUACUAUAGGUGGAUCACGUGUUCUGCAGAUGUUUACUAUUUUUCGCUGUGUAAAGUUAUGCAGUGUAUUCUUGGACGUGGGUACAUGAAUACAUAACAUGACUUCCUGAUUUCAGUUCUCCCCUUGCUUCGUCGGGUGCGCGUUCAUGACAAGAACAGGCUUAUGUGUAGUUCCUUACCGUGCGUUAAUUGUAUCUCUGUAAAAGGUUUGAGUGCGUGUGUGUGUGUGUGUCUUUCUCUCUUUCUGUCUGUGUGUGUGCGUGUCUCUCUGUCUGUUGUUUGAUGGGGUGUAUUCAAAUGCUUCCUAACCAUGCGUCUUUCAUUGAAUGUAGGCUACAACACGCUGCUUCAAGGGAAUUUCACACAAUGUGGUAAAAGUUAGUCCAUAUGCAGGCAAGUGAAGAUCCAUUAAUUGUACCUUCAAGCUUUUUGCAGGCGAGACAUACAUUUAAAUAAGAAUUGAAAUGACUCAAGUAAUGAAUCUGAAGGAAACCCCAAUUAUCCAUGAUGUAAUAGGCAGACUUUACCAAUGAGUGGCACAUUGCUGAUGCAGAAGUCUUCUGUCACACAAGAUCUUAUUAUUUAUAUUAGGCCUAGCUGUUAGGCCUAAAUUGAUCAACAUUUCAUCCUAUCUUUCAAGAGAACAAACAGAAACAUCAAAUAGAUGGAUCAUCUUAGCCUGGACUUCUGAGAAAUGCAAUUUAUUCUCAUCUGAAUGUGAUGUUCUGUCGGAUGAACUAGAUUAAAAAAAGUGUAGGUAAAGGUAAUCUGAGGUGGGCGAUAUUUAAAUGUUCAAUCGCCCAUACCACACCCUUUAAUCGCUUAUUCUUUUACCAUGACUGAAUUAAAGAGUCUGAUAGAUAAUGGUCGACACUGUGAAAUCAAAGAAAAAAAACAAAAAACUUAAGCAUGGGUAAAUGUAAAACCUCCUUCACUCCUUCACAAGUCUAUAAUGUGUGACCCUUAUAAGCAAAUUUCAAAAGCCUUACAAAUAAGCUUGAUAUAUAUAUUAAUAAGCUUAUAUAUACCAAAGAAAGCUUGUACUUAUCCAUCUUGGAAUUUGAAUAAAACCUUGGGUUGAGGAUAUAUUAGUAGUGCCAGUGUAUCUUAAUCUAGUGAUCCCUUAGUUUCUGAAACGGUAGCCCUGAUUAGCCGUAACCCUAUAGAUGAACACUGUUCUUGAGGAUGACACUAGCUUGUUGAAGCUGUAGCCUACUACAAUUAUGUAUAGUGCUCGUUUAAGCUGUACUAUCAUUAUGUUUGGUGACCAUAAUAGUUAUUGGGCGCUUGUUGGACCCUGGUACUGUUAAAUAAUUAACUUGAACUCGAUAAACUAAAUUUCUAUGUGCUGGACAGAGCGACAGCUCUGGUAUGGUAUGGUUAGCUAAUCCAUGUGUGUGUGUCUUGGUGUGUUUCCACUGUGCAGAACUAUGAAUUAAAAUGACACUGUCAUGA